AUGUCGGUGGCCUUUGCAUCUGCCCGUCCUAGAGGCAAAGGGGAGGUCACUCAGCAAACUAUCCAGAAGAUGCUAGAUGAAAACCAUCACCUAAUUCAGUGUAUUAUGGACUACCAGAGUAAGGGCAAGACUGCAGAAUGUACUCAAUACCAACAAAUACUACACAGAAAUUUGGUUUAUUUGGCAACAAUAGCAGACUCUAACCAGAACAUGCAGUCUUUGCUUCCUGCCCCACCAACGCAAAACAUGAACCUUGGACCAGGAGGAAUGCCUCAGAGUGGAUCCAGCCAAUCUAUCCAUUCCCAGAGCAAUCUCAGUGACGCCAUUGGAACCGGCCUCCCACCUUCCUCUCUUAUGCAGAGUCAGAUUAGCAAUGGUCCUAACCACGUGUCCAUGCAGCAAUCGGGGCAAAACACUAUGCCAACAACAUCUAUGAGCAUGACCGUCAGUAGCCAUGGCACAGGGCCAGGAUAUAGCCACACUGUGCCUGCUUCUCAAAAUGUGCCAAUGCAGGGCCAGGGAUCCAUAGGGAAUUACGUCUCUAGAACCAAUAUCAACAUGCAGUCUAACCCCGUCUCCAUGAUGCACCAGCAAGCGGCUACAUCUCAUUACAAUUCUGCACAAGGUGGGAGCCAGCAUUACCAAGGACAGUCCUCUAUUGCAAUGAUGAGUCAAAGCAACCAAGGAAGCAGCAUGAUGGGUCAGCGACCAAUGGGUCCAUACCGGCCCUCACAGCAAGGUUCUUCUCAGCAGUACAUGGGGCAGGAGGAGUAUUACAGUGAGCAAUACAGCCACGGUCAAGGCACUUCUGAGCCAAUGAACCAGCAAUAUUAUCCAGAUGGACAUGGUGAUUAUGCGUAUCAGCAGUCAUCUUACACUGAACAGAGCUACGACAGGUCAUUUGAGGAUUCCACCCAGCAUUACUACGAAGGAGGAAAUUCCCAGUAUAGCCAGCAGCAGGCAGGAUAUCAACAGGGAGCUGCACAACAACAGACGUAUUCACAGCAGCAAUACCCAAACCAACAGAGCUACCCAGGACAGCAACAAGGAUAUGGUCCUGCGCAGGGAGCUUCCUCACAGUAUUCUAGCUACCAGCAGGGACAGGGGCAACAGUAUGGAAGUUAUCGAGCUUCUCAGACAGGACCGUCUGCCCAACAACAGAGGCCUUAUGGUUAUGAACAGGGCCAGUAUGGAAAUUACCAGCAAUAA